AUCGUAUCGUAUCAAACGUGAACUACACGAUUACGAUUACAUGAAGUAAAAUUAAUUUAUUGUUCUGCUUGGUUAAAGUUUUACAUAAAAAAAUUACACUAUGCAGGUUCAGGCACUUUAUGACUUCAAUGGGGAGCCUGGAUCAGCAGAACUAUCAAUCGUUACGGGAGAGAUCCUGACGGUAACCAGAAAGGAUGUAGGGGAAGGAUGGUGGGAAGGGGUCAACCAGAAAGGCCAGACAGGACUUUUUCCAGCAGCCUAUGUGGAGGAGGUAAAAUCAAGUGUUCCUCCCGCCAUGCCUCCUCCACCACUCCCAGAAACUUUUGCUGAUGAUUGGGGAAACCAGGCCUCUACAGAAAGUCAGAACUAUGAGGUGAUGGACUAUUGGGAGGAUGAGUGGGAUGAUGAUUCAGAAGGGGGAGGGGGCCCACCUCCUGUCCCCCUACAGGACCGACCCCCCAUGUUACCUGCCAAGUCUGGGAGUGUUGGUGAUGACAUGUCGUUAAGUAAAUCAACAUUACCAAAAAGAAACUUAAAUAGAUUUUCCGUGUUUGUCAAAUCUGGAGGAGAAAACUACAUCCUAGGGACAGUAAAACUAAACGUCCCAGAGUCAGACAAAGUCCACAUCCUCGAGGUUGAGCAAGGAGUUGUGAUGUGGAAUCCAAUCCAAGACCCGUACCAAGUAAUGGUGGCGUCUCCCAAGAAAGAUAGUAAAUUCAAAGGUCUCAAAAGCUUUAUAGCUUACCAGCUAACUCCAACGUUCAAUAAUAUUCAAGUAUCUAGAAGAUACAAGCAUUUUGAUUGGUUACACGAAAGGCUGGAAGAGAAGUUCAGUUUAAUUCCAAUACCACCAUUACCAGAUAAGCAGAUUUCGGGUCGUUACGAGGGACAGUUUAUCGAGCGCCGCAAAAACCAGCUGCAAGCAUUUGUGGACUGUGUAUGUCGGCAUCCAAUCCUCUCAAGGUGUGCUGUCUGGGAACACUUCAUCACUUGUACGGAUGAGAAGAAGUGGAAACCUGGAAAGAGGAAAGCUGAGAAAGAUGAGCUGGUUGGCGCCAACUACUUCUUAGCACUUCAGGCUCCUGAAAAACCUAUCAACAUGUACCAGCUUGAUCAGGAAACUGAGAACUGCUCAAAGUUCAUCCACAGUUUAGACCUGUCAGUGAAGAACCUAAUGGCUUGCUCAGUAGACCAGACUAAGAAACACCAAGGUCCCUACCAGAGAGAGUUUCACAAAAUAGGAGAAUCCUUCUGUAACUUGGCGACUUCGCUUCAUAUGGAAGAAGGAAAUGCUCGUGUCCCUCAUGAUGCCAAGGGAUUGCCCGAUGCCAUCAGAUACGUAGGUGAAACGUACCAUAGCAUUGCACAGUUGUUUGAAGAGCAACCCAAACACGACUGGGAACCUCUAGGAGAUACACUACAUAUCUACAAGGGAAUCUUGGCCUCCUUCCCAGACAUCCUGUCUGUUCACAAGAACGCUAUUCAGAAACGCAAAGAUUGUGAACGUCAGACUUUGGAGCAUAAGAUGGAGCAGUCACAAUAUCAACAAGUGGUUCAACGAACUGACGUAGUCUCUUACGCACUUCUGGCAGAGAUCAAUCAUUUCCACAGUGAGAGGUCACUUCAAAUCAAGAGAGCCACCAAGAAUUUUCUCUUUGAACAAGCCGCAUUUUACCAAAAGAUUGCUGCCAAACUACAAGAAGCUUGCACACUAUUUGAAGAGGACUGAAGCCUUUAACAUUGCCUUCUCUACUAUUCCAUUAUGUUAUGUGUAAAUUGUAAACGGGCAAUUUAUUGGUAGAUCCUAUUAGAAAGAGGAAUAGUGAAUGCAAGGGUUGCAAUAUCUGGUGUUAACCUGAUGGUAUUGCAUUUUUCAGGUGUGGCUGUACCCAGUACAUUCAACCUUAAAACUCUUUAAUAUGAUCUACCAAUCAUUCCACUCUCUUGUAUUUUAUAUAUAAAUAUGUUAAUCUAAGAGUAUUUAUUUUAAAGUUACUGAAUAAACCAAGUGAUAUUGCACUAUUAUACGAGGACUGUCCAGAAAAUAACAAACAUAUUGAAGUUUAAAAGUAACAAAAUCAGAUCUUAUCACCCACUAAAAUGUAGACUCUUAACUAUAUGGUUGACAUUAAAAUUAGUGAAUUUAUCAUGCUGAUGCACAAGAUUUUUACCCUCUGUGUAGAAAUUCACUGCGAUUUUGACCACGGUCUUAUACCUUAAUGCAAUAUAUUUACUAUAAAAUUUGGCAGUGACCAAAAAUCCGCUAUAGAAUGUCCUGUAAUAAAAAAAUAUUAAUUUUCACAUGUUUAGUUGUUUAAUUUGUUUACCAGUUAAUUGAAUACACAACUAGCAUCACAUUUUGUGGUACAACGUUGAUUUAACAAAUAUUAGAACUAAUACACUCUAGCUUCUACUGGCUUGAAGAAUCUUUAUUUCUUUCUCUACAUUAGUUUUCACAACAAGUUUUUUUUUUUUUUUGCUGCAAAAUCCUUAUAACAAACUUUUUUAUUUAAGAUUUCGUUUAAGAUUUUAUUUAAGGUUUUUAGUUACAGCAUUUAAUUUAAUAAAACUUUCUAUACAAAGCUCAAUAGAUGCAGCACACAUGUUACAGAUAGAUGUGGAGUGGUGAAACACUUUGACACCAAGAUUACUGUUCUAAUCACAUUUAGUUCCAUGCUAGAACGAAACGUGUUUUACUGACUGGACGGUCUUCAUAGUUAAUUUGUAUAUACUGUACAGAGUAAAGUAAGUGUUCAAGGCUUAUGCCUAACAGUGCUAAUUUCUCAUUUGGUAUUCUGUCUGGUUACACUAAUGUAUAGUCAUAUUUUCCUAGAUUUUCAAGUUUUUAAAAACUGUUGUUAUUGUUAUUAUUGUUAUGUCUCAAUUCUAGCCUUCUGUGUAGCUGGUUGAGUUUGUAUUUUGAAGCAAGUGCUAUUAUUCUUUUUGUUUCUGAUGUUUAAAAACUUUGAUGUUUGCGAAUGUUGAGCAAUCGAUUAACAAUUUCUAACUGUUUCGGUGUACAAGAUCAUAAUACAGUUUAGAUGACUCCAGCUUUAGUUCAAGGUACAGAAUAGACCUAGGACCAAAACAACUUUUAGAGCAGUUAACGCUAACUUUUGACAUAUUUUUAUACACACAUAUAUAUAAAUAUAUUUUUAUGUGACUUAUAUUGUGAAGAUGCUUUAUAAAAUAUACUAUUUUAAGUGUAAAAAAAAUGUUUUUGCUUUAAAAUCUGUUGCUUUAAAUAAAAUAAUUUGCAAGUCCAAAUUCUCCUUUGUUAUUCUUUGCAGAUAAACCAAAGUAUUUUCACAAGCAAUUUCUUAUGUGGCAUUUUGUUUCCAAAAUAUUUAGUGAGUAACAGUUUUUAGAUUUGAAUACUUGAUAUCAGUCUGGUAUGGUGGUGGUAAAAUACUGGUGUUUCCUAAGUCUAGGGAUUGUCCUUUAUUUAUUAUCAAAAGACAAACUUUCAGUCCAAUACAUCACUGUAGAUCGUUAUAUCAACUGUAUACUAAAACAAAUUCAAAAACCACUGAAAAAUAAUAAUAGUAACGGUAAAAUUGGAAAGAAAUUGUAAGUUAAAAACGUUAAAAGUAAUAUUAAUUGUAAAUAGCAAUAAAAGUCAACUACUAACAAAAUAAAAAUGAACGGUAGGCCUAUCAGCAAACUGACACAUACUUUCUCCCAUUAGCUUUUCAACAAUUUAUUAUAAUGGAUGACGGGGAAGUAACUAUAUUAUUUUAUGUUUUAAAUCACAAAAAUUGAUUUUUUAUAAAGAAAAUCACAAAAUUUGUAAUAAACUUUUGAACCAUAAUUUUUUACAGCACCACGGGAUGUAUAUGUUGUUUAGAGUUAAAAGGAAUAACACAUUAAAAUUGUUAGCAAAAUUAUUCUAGCCAUUUUUGUGAAAAUCUGAUAUUUCUGUCAUUUUAUGGUAAAAUCACCAUUGAAAAAAUCAGAAUUUCAAAUUUUUUUUAGAAAACCUUUUGAUACCUUGAGUAGUAAAAAGAUACCAAAUCUCAUCAAAAUUGGACGGCAGGUGUAGUCUGUGGCUCUACACACGCAAACACCACUUCGCACAUUACUUUUGUGUGUUUAGUGGAAUCCAAAAUCGUAUAUUACCAUUUUCCACCAAAAAAAUGUUGGUGAAAAGAACACUUUCUUCAUGUACCAUGUUUUGGGGUAGAAAGUAAAAAUGACACUGUCUAUUUCAUAUACAGGGUUGGACAAAAGUAUUGACACUCCCUAUUCAGUUUUUGUAAUGGGAUUUACCAGGAAAACCAAACUUUGCACAACUCUAUAUGGCAUAAAAGUACACUUAUUUGUUUGAAACCCCAAAAUGUGAUAUUUUGGGGGCAGCUAAAAUUUGUAAAUGAAAAGUCCUAUCAUUUUAAAGGUUUAUUUUAUUUAAAGGUCAAUAGUUACAAAGAAUAGAGGCAAUAACUAGAGUUCUCAAUCUCAACUGAUAACAGAAAGUCAUCCAUUUUUUUCAUCAGCCUAUUAACGUUUUAAUCGGUUGUACUCUAGGAGGAUUAAACAUUAAGGAGGGGACACGCUCGAGUUUCGUUGAAGCCAGCCUGACCGCGUGCCGCAAAGAUAUUUUAUAUUUUAUAUUGCUUAACAUCAAGGUCUAAAAAUAUGGCUUAAUAUGAUAUAAAUAUAAACAAUUGAAAAUGUAAUGACAAAGAAAAAUGUUUUACUUUUUAAGUCCAAAAUUUAAAUGGAACGGCUGUGAGUGUAAUAAAAGCGAACGCCGCUUUGAAUUUUUUCUUGACUUUGGUUAUUUCAAAUUACCUGCCUAGACACAAAAAUGCCUUAACACUAGC